AUGUCCGCAAACUACUGGUCGUCAUCGCAACGCAACGUUUGGCAGCACACCCGCCAAUCGUUAGCCGAAUGUCGCCGCCGGCUUCAAGUGCUCGAAAAAAAAAUGAUUCAAAAUGGCUUUAUUAAAGACUACCCGCAUAUCACUUACCAACCCCAUGUCCGGAUCUAUUUGCAUAAUUGUAUGUAUGCCCUCGGAACCACCCGGUUGUCCCUGCUACUAACCCCAGUGCUAUGCAAGCUUGGCCGCCGCUUGAAUAUAAGACAGGUGGCCCUCGCUUCUGCCGAAGUUUUUCUUACUCGUUUUCUCAUCAGAGUUCUGCUAAAAGAGAUAAAUAUUUACCUUUUGGCCACUACUUGCUUGUACGUUGCUUGCAAAUCAGAAGAAUGUCCUCAACACAUUCGGCUUAUAAUAUCCGAAGCUCGAAAUUUAUGGCCAGAAUAUAUCCCCCACGACGUGACAAAACUCGCCGAAUUCGAGUUUUACUUAAUCGAGGAAAUGGACCUGUAUCUCGUUCUCCAUCACCCCUACAAAUCACUCCUUCAAAUCCAACAAUACCUCAGCGAUAAUUUUGCAACCUACAAAUUUGCCCUCACAGAACAAGAUCUUCAACACGCGUGGUCUAUAGUCAACGAUAGCUACGUGACCGACGUCCACCUCGUGUAUCCCCCACACAUCGUGGCGGUAGCGUGUAUUUACAUCACGGUGGCUUUAAGGCGCCACGCAUCAACGGGCGAUUCUACUGGCGCAGGCGACUUGACUUCGAUGCACAUCGACGAUUUAGCCGAUAUGUCGGUAGUGGCUAGCAGCGGCGACAAUUUUUCGUUCGAUCACGACGUCAAUAGAGCUGCAAAACUCACCAAUUUUAUCAACCAUUCUCAUAUGAAUCUUGAAGAAAUUGUUGAUGUAGUCGAAGACAUUCUCAACUUGUACGUUCUCUGGAACCGGUACAAUGAAGCCAAUUGGAAGAAGGCGUUUCAAGAUAUGUUAUUGGGGCAGGUACCCCGCUAA